AGUAACAUUUGAUAUUGUAUUGGAAGGAACAUUCAGUAACAUUUGAUAUUGUAUUGGAAGGAACAUUCAGUAACAUUUGAUAUUGUAUUGGAAGGAACAUUCAGUAACAUUUAGUAUUGUAUUGGAAGGAAGAUUCAGUAUUAUUUGAUAUUGUAUUGGAAGGAACAUUAUACAGAUGAAAAAGUUGAAUUUGACAAACAUUUAAUGGUUGAAAUGACAAUACAGAUAGAAUAGUUUCCUGUAUCUGUAUAAUGUAAAUAUUUCCUUGUCAGGGAAUAUUAAAACUGUUGUGGGAAUGACAUAUAUUUAUUAGCUGUCCGAGGCUAUAUGAGGUACACAGACAUGUAAACCUUAGUUUGGUAUACAGGUGUGCGAUCAUUACAGGUAUCCCCGUCUGUACUGAUACAGAUCUUUAUGAUCAGUUUAAUUAUGCAGGGAUAUACCAUCUGUGACACCUGUAUAGGCCUCAUCUCACACACAUGAUCUCUAUAUCUGAUGGAUAUUAACAUCACCUGUACUCACCUGGAAUUUCAUUGAAGUACAUAUAUACCUGCAUGGAUCAUUUAGUUCUAGGAUAUUCGUUGUUUGAAAUCCUAGCUGACAUGUUACUUGUUUAGCUGGCUUGUCAGUUGGAUUGUGUUAGUAUAGCUGGACUGUACAUGGAAGUCUACAUUGGAGAAGCUUGAAAAACGUGCAGACUUGGGGUGUACGUUUUUAAUUCUGAUCUCUACAGUAAACAUUUCAUCUGGCAAGGAAACUGAUGCUAUAAAGGUGGUUCAUCCAAUUUUGUCCAAAUCAUGUGACCGUUGAAAACGGAAUUGAACUUUUGUUCUUUAAUUUGAUUUUACUGGACAAGACAGUUUUGGUUUGGAACCUUUAAUUUCUGGAUACUGAUAGAUUACAUUACCAGUCAUACAGAUACGAAGGAGGCUGUAUCAUAUACGAAGGAGGCUGUAUCAUAUUGGAGGGAUUCAUACUGUAAUGACGUCACAAGUCAAGGCUACUGUGAAGAAUUUUUAAACUAAUUUUUUCACAUCUUAUUUGUUUCCACUACUUUGGUAGCUGAUGUUAACCACAGAUGAAUUUGUCAGUGUUAUUACCCUGUGUAAUCGGUGAGUCAUUUGCAGUGUCAUCAAAUUUAUGUGAAAUUAAAAGUGGAAAUGCUGACAACUUAAUGAUAAGUUUAUUUGUAAUGAUAUAUGUGCCACCAGUCUGUAUUACUUCCAGGCUCUAUAUAUAGCUGUAUAUGUUGAACAUACUUGUACAGAUUGCCUGAAAACCAGACAUCAAGAACAUCUACCACACACAGACAUCAAGAAUUCAAAAUCAAUUUUUGAAAAUUCCUUUUAGUUAUUACUUUUUGAUGCAAAGCCAAAAUCAAUUUGGAGAAAUAGUUUCUUUCUUGUGUGGAUUGUGUAUAAUCCUGAGAUGUUACGUAAUGUAGAUGUUUGUAUAUCUGCUGAAACAUUUACAUAUAUUUAGUAUUUCACGCAAGUCGCUGUAUGUGAUGACCAGACAAAAGCAGAAUUGAUGAUCAGGCUAUAUAGAGGAUAUAACCAUAUAUAACGGACCAAACAUCAUCACAGGAACCGCCUAGAAGGUCUCCAAUCACCACAAGUGUCUGUGGGCAGGCUUCCGCACAUCCUGUCAAUGUCAAGAAUCUUCCUAGUCAGCAAGUUCAGCAAUAUAAUUAGAUAAUUCAGACGAGGGUGACCUGUCUGUCUUGGAAAUGCUUUCCCAUACAACACGUGCACGUGAUUAGUAUUGAAGACAUUCAAUUGUUUUGGACUUUAUCGGAAUCUUCAGACUUGUGCCACGGCUAUUUAAAGUGAUUAACUUCAAAACACACAACAUGUUUGAAAUUCUAAUUGUGACUGAGUCACUGAUAAUCAGGAGGACAACCUUGUGUUUUUACCAGAAAUAUGUUUUUGUAGACCAUUUGUGAACUUAAGUGGAAAUAUCAAUAAUGGUGUCCAGUUCAGUGGCUCGAGUGGACUGGUCACUGGGUCGAUACAAACUGACCGUUUCCUGCAGCAGGGCAGACAGUAGUUUCAGUGAGAGUUACUUCGCUGUAAAAGGAGCGGUGCUCAUCCUUCCCCAGAGUGAUGUUACAGAUCAUACAUAUACACAGAAGAUCGUACGGGAGAGACAUGCAGGUGUCGGUACAGUCACAGGGGACAUACAGAGCCACCUACAGUCAAUGUUCUACCUCCUCCGGUCACAUGACACCAUCAAAGUGGCGGUGAAACUGGAGAGUCUACAUGAGGGCCACAACCGCUACAUGGCCGUAGUGUCGUGCUUCGGUAAACAGGACACUGAGGAGUCGGUCAUCCUUGGCAUUGACUGUAACAACGAGGCUACGAUAGGUCUUGUCCUCCCGAUCUGGGCCGAUACCAGUGUUAAACUAAAUGGCGACGGAGGUUUUAUGGUGAGCUCAGAAGGGAAGCAGCACAUCUUCAAACCUGUGUCAGUCCAGGCCAUGUGGUCGGCACUACAAAGUCUAAACAAAGUGGUAAAGAUCUCCAGGGACAACAUGUACAUUCCUCGUGGCCUGACUCACACCUGGGUCGGUUACUAUAACUCACGUAUAAACUCGGACCGCGCUUGUAUAUCUGAGUGGUUUACCUCCGAAGAACUCCUGGACUGGCGGUCCUUGAAUGUCUUAUUUAUGGAUCCAGGUGACAGUCCUGAUGACAUCCUACAGAAACAGAUCAAGACGGAGCUAAAGAAUAUCAUGAUGACAGUAGACUUGGACGAGGUCACAUCCAUAUUUUUACGAGAGGCUCUGGAGGAGAAGCUGAAGCGUUCCCUGAAGAGCCACAAGAAGUUUGUGGACCAGGAAAUGAUCACCAUUAUGGGACAGAUGGACUCUCCAACCAUGAUUAAAGAUUAUCUCUACCUUGGGUCAGAGUUCAACGCCUCAAACCUGGAGGAACUUACAGAGAAUGGGGUGGACCAUAUACUUAAUAUAAGUCGUGAGGUGGACAACUUCUUCCCCGAGAUUCUGACCUAUAUGAACAUCAAGGAAUGGGACAAUGAGGAGGCAGACUUGUGUAAACAUUGGGACAACACUAACAAGUUCAUCGCUAAGGCAAAGAGGGAGAAUGCCAAAGUCCUGGUCCAUUGUAAGAUGGGGAUUAGUCGAUCAGCCUCUACUGUGAUGGCAUUCCUGAUGAAGGAGUAUGAUAUGUCUAGAAAGGAAGCUUUUGAUUUUGUAAAGGCCAAAAGGGCCUGUGUCAUGCCUAACCAGGCUUUCUGGGCCCAGCUGCUGAUAUAUGAAGGGAUACUCAAUGCAAAUAAACAGAGGGCACUAUUCAAGAGUAAGUCGGAGCAGAAUCUGAUCAACAAUCCACCUGUAAUGGAGAAGGAGGAGGAAGUCAUGAUAAAGGAAGGUCACCUCCUUAAGGAUGACCUCUCCCUCCCAUUCCUACCAUCACACGAGGAACUCCACAACAGUGUUUUCCUCCAGGAGAAGGACAAGGACAUCAUGUUUGACCCUGAGAGCAGUUCACGAAGUGCUGAUUCCACAGAAGAGUCCCUCGAUCUUCCAUCACCCAAGGUAGAUGCUAUCGUCAAGUCAUCUGUGCAUGGUGUGUAUGUUAUUGAGAGUAACAAGUUGUCACCUGGAGAUGGUCCAGACACAGACUCUUCAUGUUUGUCCGACGAGGACAUGGAUAUCGGAGAGACAGAUACAGACAAUCUUUAUGGUCAGUCAGAAAAAAAUUUAUCUCAGCAAGCAGCCAAAUUCAAGCCGGACCACAGUUGGAUCAAAGAGCGUACGGAAACAAUCGAUGAGUCAGAUGCAGUGGUUGAGCAUCCCGAGGAUCAAGAUCCUUUGAUGUCAGGAUCUGUCACAAUCGAAGAGUCGGAGAGAAUGGUAGUAUCUGAACCCUCUCCAGUGUCACAGACAGAAACAGUAAUAGAAGCAGAAGGGGACACAACUCAAUCAGAAAUCCCACCCGACACUAAAUCAGCAGAUUCUGAUGACAUCACAGAAACUGGUGGUGCAGCUCCCUCUGGUGUGGAGCUGGGUGUGAGGUGUCAUUAUAUCAAAGAGAACAUUCCGUGGAAUCCAGGUACGGUCAAAAAACAGCUUCAAGACUUUGAGGGCAAGUCUAAGGAGCCACAAGAUACCGAAACAGGAGAUAAUGAGGAAGUAGAGCCGUUAGUGUCAGACGAGUCGGAGGCCAUGGCUCCAGUUGAGGAAACCGCACCAGUGAAACUAAGUGCUGAUCAGGACAAAGCUGAGUCUGCAGAGGAGGACAAGCCUCCCCUCAAACGAUCAGCUUCUGUGUAUGAGAUUGAGGAUAUCGCACUUCCUGCAGGCAUUGUCAAAAAAACUACCCAAGAGAUUGAGGAUCGCAACUUGCACAGUGACAGUUCUCCUGAGAGUCCCCACAAACCUUUACAGCGGUCAUCCAGUUUAAAGGAGGAACGGGUGACGCCCAAACGAAAGCGAUCAGAGCGACGGAAAACCUGUACUCCAAUCGUUACCCCCAGUCCUACCCCCUCUACAACCCCAGUGUCUACCCCAAGGUCAUCUUACGAUACAACACCCUGCAGUGAGACAAAAGAAUUUGUGUUCCCAUUAAAUAAGGACAUGAAGACUUCUGAUGAAGGACAGACUGACCCGUCCGUGACAAGUGAGAGCCAGGGGGAUGAUGUUGCAGUGUACAAAUUUGGGACAGAGGAAGUUCCUGUAGCAAAGGGUAUCGUCAAAAAACAAAAAAUGGAUAUCGAACAGAAGGCAAGAGACCGAAAUCUCUCUGAAACUCGGACACCCGACUCUGACAAAGAUGUUGAGGAGAUGAUAAUUUCCAACAAAGCUGAAGAUACCAAAGAAAUUUAUGGUGCUUUUAAAUGUAAACCCACUGUGCCUUCAUCCAUAGACAUUCCUAAGGUGAUUGAAACAGGAAGUGGAGGAAAUGUGCAUUCUGGGAAUGAUGGUUCUCAAAACUUUGUAAAAGGUGGUUCAGCACAGCUGUCUACUUCACCAGUGUCUUCCAGAGAUUCUGUUAGUCCUUCCUCUCCUCUCGUGAGGAAAAAGCAAAAGACGAGUGUUGAUCUCGACGACAGUGGAAGAUUUGACCCCAAAACCUUAGAACUCAUUCGUGAAAUAGGUUCUGCUUUCCUUAACAAUCCAGCAAAGAUAGAAAAGGAGAAAGAGAUUAGCGAACAGGAAGCUGUAGAAGGAGGCAGUCUUGUUAAGUUUUUGGUAAGAAAUUUAGAGAAAUCUACAAGUGUGGCUAAGAAAUCACAUCUAAAAGAAAUAGUGAUAAUAGAUAAAGACACUGCUUUAGCUCAGCAGGAAAAGAAGAAGAAGUUGUGGCGUUACAGCAACCCGGCAGUGGAACCACUGUCCCCACCCUCUGACCGCCGGCGUAUAACACACUCGCAGAGCAGCCCUGCUCUAGAUAUCCCAGCCAGACACAAGGAGGGAUCUGUACAAUCUUCACCCCCCAGGGUCGACCUCUCUCGAUCCUCACCCCCCAGGGCCAACCCCUCCAUGUCUGUUGUUACUGCUGGUCCCACCAAUACUCAAUCUACAACAUCUGUGAUAGAAACAAAAGAGACCAACGAGGGCACUGCUGAGGGAAAGGUGAAGGAAAAAGUAAGAGAUCUGGUGGGAAUGUUUGAACUCACAGACACUGUAAAGGCCCCAGGGGUGAAGGGGGCCACACCCACAGAGGAACAACUCCCUCUGGUGUUGAAAGAAAGUGAAAGUAGUGAGUUAACAAAUAGGAAAUCCCUUGCCCCUUCUGAACCAGAUGCAGCUGAGAGGUUACAGUGUGGUAGUGUUUCAGAGAGUUCUGCCACUACUCCGGGGGAAGAAGAUUUUGAAGAACAAUCAGUGUCCGAACAAUCAAUACAACUACGCCAACUACGGCAAAAUCUACGUAAGGCAAAUGACCGACCAAAAUCUGCUGAACAUAUGCAUAGGUGUAACAGUACCACAACAGAGGGGUCGACCCCCCAGAGGCCACGCCUCAGACACGCCAACACUCUCCCCACACCCACAGAGCUUGGACCAUCAUCAUUCUCGUGGGAGGGGAAGAAAGUGAGAAAGUUACACGGAAAGUCCCAUCCCUUGACGAAGCUGGAAACAAGGAGAUCAAGUCCUUUUUAUAAUACUAUGUGAUGAUGUUUUCAUAUAUGGUUCCCGCCGACAUGUUUGCUGUAGUGCAAGUGUGUGUUGUUUAUAUUUAAGAUAAGUGAGGUGUAUGAGUGACCUUGUGAUAGUGUGAAGGUCACAGAUGGGUGUGUGGAAUCACUGGGUGUGUAGUAUAGGGCUGUGCUCGGUAAGGCUCUAGUUAGUUCAAGACAAUGUCUGUAAUAUUGAGACAUUAAUGCGUAAGGUGUAACUUUAUCACGCUUUCUAUAUUUGGUCUCUUUUUCCUACAAUACUACAUGUUUAUUUUAAAUUAGCAUUAAUAAAAGUGUUAUAGAUUUAAAUGGUCUAUAACAGAACCAAAGAACAUGUGCACCUGUAUAAAAAUCUUUCAAUUAAUACAAAAUUGAAAAACCAGUGUGUCGUUCAAAUACAACUUGUAAUAUGUCAGUCACCAAUUCUUCAAUGAUUCACCAUUAAAAGCUGUCCAAAGAAAGACUUUUGAAAAAUAAGUUCAGGGAAUGAUAAUGGAGAGAUGACUAAGUAAGGAUACAACAAUGUAAACAAAUUUUACUGUAAAGUAUGUUGUGAAUAUUGUCAGCAUGUUGGCCAUGAUCAUAACAUGUAUAAUUAUUUCAUCAGAAUGAAACUAUCGAUAAUAUCCAUGAUAUUGUGUUGAACUAAUUAGAUUUUACCUGGUGACCAAGUCGACUUCUUUCAUUCCAUUACAUUAUCUGGUAAACACUAACAUUACCAUCUACCAUCUACUAUUAAACCUUAAUACAAUAUAUUGUACUUAUCUGUGCUGCUGUUUAAUUUGUUCUUUUGAUGUUGAAAUACUAAAAUAAGAGUUAUAAAUAUGACUCUUUACAGCUGAUGAUAGGCCACUAUAAGGUCUGAAUCAAUGAAUCACCUUAUCGCUUUUGAGUAAGAAUUUUCUUGUAGUUGUGUGAUGAUAAAGAUUACAUAAGUGAGUUGUUUCCAUAUAGAGUUUAAAAAGACCAAUUUUGAUGUCCUCCCCUGAAAAUUAUGUCGGAUACACAAUAUAUUAGCACCUUUCAAAAUAAAUUAAGGACUAGCAUCAUACAGCUGUUUCAUCCUUCUAGGACUCAUCAGUGAUGUCACGGACGUACAUCAUACAGCUGUUUUGUUCUUCUAGGACUUAUUUCUGUAAUUACUUGGUAAUUGACACAUGAUUGGUAUACUUGUACAUUACAGUAUGUACCAGUAAACAUUUAAGGUUCGUAUUAAGCUGAAUUAUUUGGGCUUUAAGUGUCAGCUAAACACAAUUUAACAAUUUAAAAAAAAAUUACAACAUAUCCGAUUGUGUAAUAUUAUUUAUUAGCAUUGUGUGAUUAGUUAGCAUCUGAUGGAAAUUUUCUGAUCACAAAGCACCAGUGCCCAACCAGCAACCUGGACCACCACUCGCUACACCAACAUACUCAAGCCAUCGAUUGUCAGUGUCAGUGUGUUGCAUGGAUUGCUUGGAAAUGAUUUGUGAUGAAUUUUUGGGGUAUAUCAACCCUUAUCAUUUUUUUUUUAAAUGACAUACAAAAUCAUCCAAUGAUUGGCACACGCUGUGAAGGAGAUAUAUUGAGAUUAAGAGAACUGAUCUGAUUUUUACUUUUUUUCUGAACAAACAUUUUUAUCAUUUUCUCUGUAUGAAAUUGUUAUAAAGUACUAAUUGUUAAGAAUGUAAGCAUGUUAUUGAUGACAAGUUUAUAAAGCAAUAUAAUUAUACACUGUAUAAUAUAAACCAUUUUGUAUAUCAUGAUUAAUAAGUAUAACUAGCCUAAAACAAAAGAGGCAUACAUAGACUGUAUCCAAAUUUUAACAGGUAAAGUUGUUUAAUAAUUAUAAUUUUCUAACUGAUAUAAGCAUGACCCUGGUGAUUAUCUUUUUAACAGGUCAAAAUAUUGUAAUUAAUUACACUAUAGAUAAUCACAAAUAUUACAUAUGCUCUCUCUAAUAGAUAAAAGCUGUGUUAUUUUAGUGUAUUAUAACAGUUUCCACCAUAUCAAACCAUUCAGUGAUGAUGAGUCCUAUAUUGUCAUAUCUUGAAUCUCCUAGUUUAUUGUCAAGGCAUCUUUAACCGUGAUCAAUGUAAUCGAUUGUUUUCGGUAAAACAUUUUACCUGUCCGUGGUCAGUGAUGUAACAUUUUACCUGUCCGUGGUCGGUGAUAUAACAUUUUACCUGUCCGUGGUCAGUGAUAUAACAUUUUACCUGUCCAUGGUCAGUGAUGUAACAUUUUACCUGUCCGUGGUCAGUGAUGUAACAUUUUACCUGUCCAUGGUCAGUGAUGUAAUAUUUUACCUGUCCGUGGUCAGUGAUGUAACAUUUUACCUGUCCGUGGUCAGUGAUGUAACAUUUUACCUGUCCAUGGUCAGUGAUGUAACAUUUUACCUGUCCGUGGUCAGUGAUGCAACAUUUUACCUGUCCAUGGUCAGUGAUAAAACAUUUUACCUGUCCGUGGUCAGUGAUGUAACAUUUUACCUGUCCAUGGUCAGUGAUAAAACAUUUUACCUGUCCGUGGUCGGUGAUAUGACAUUUUACCUGUCUGUGGUCAGUGAUAUAACAUUUUACCUGUCCAUGGUCAGUGAUGUAACAUUUUACCUGUCCAUGGUCAGUGAUGUAAAAUUUUACCUGUCCAUGGUCAUUGAUAAAACAUUUUACCUGUCCAUGGUCAGUGAUGUAACAUUUUACCUGUCCAUGGUCAGUGAUGUAACAUUUUACCUGUCCAUGGUCAGUGAUGUAACAUUUUACCUGUCCGUGGUCAGUGAUAAAACAUUUUACCUGUCCAUGGUCAGUGAUAUAACAUUUUACCUGUCCGUGGUCAGUGAUAAAACAUUUUACCUGUCCAUGGUCAGUGAUGUAAAAUUUUACCUGUCCAUGGUCAGUGAUAUAACAUUUUACCUGUCCAUGGUAAUUUCCAAAUGGAAUGUCCAAAUAUACUUACUUAUGUGUUACACUUAUGUGUUAGUUUUUACCAAGCGUAGUGUGAUGAUCACACCUUUACUUGGCAUGUGAUAUAGUAAAGCUGAGAAUGGCAUUACAAUGUAAC